CGACGAAGUCCAUCAGGGGAAAGAAGAGACGCGGCAGAUGAUCAGAUGGAUAGAUAACGCCAUGUAAAUGCAAGGACAUGGAGAGGGCCCCAAGCCUAUCUCUGAUAACUGACCCAAGAAGUGCUUGCUAUCUUCCUAAUAGUCGGACACAAUCGCGUUGCUAAUCUGAUAGUGUCGUUACUCUAAACCGCCCUCUUUUAACUGUUUACCGGCGCCUGCUGUACACUCCUCUGGCUUUUCAGUAUGGGUCUCCGAUGCGCUCCUAUCUUGGCAUUUUUCAUCGUUAACCUAGAUUCACCUUUGACCCAGUGUGCAGUUUUCAGGAUUAGCAAAGGUGAAUGGAAGUCCUACGGACCAGUGAGCAUAAAGGCGAAUGUUGGAAACGCGACGAUUCUUGACAGGAAGCCAAAGCAAGAUCCGAGACAAAUUCCACCCGAAAAUAAGCCUCUGGUUAUUGCAAUAUCGACCAUCGCGGGCGUUAUACUCCUGUGCCUCAUCGUCUUCUCAGUGUGGUAUCUGUGGAAGUGGAGAAAAGUGAAGCAGGCAGAAAAACAGACGCUCGACCGCAAUUCCACGGUCACGUAUCACCGCUACGAUUCCUCAAUCGAGCGCCUCCCUGGAAGCGUGAAAAGGCCAGACCAGGAAAUCACCUCGGCGUACGCUCCUUCAGGAUACAAGUACAACCCCCCUCAGCGCUUCGAGAAAUACACACCAAGGGAGAGAGGGGCGUCGAACAGACGUCGCUCUCCUCCUCGACCCCCCCGCCAGCGCAGGAAUAGCGACCCUCACAUGACCUGGUCGAGGGCAAGGGACCUAGAUCUUCCGGAAAGCAGGUGGCAGAUCAACAAGGGUCAUUAUGCAAAGAGGGAGUUAUGGGGGCGACGACCUUACCGGCGCAGUAUCAUGAGCGACGUCGGGCCAGCUUACAACGAGGCUCACAGACGGCACGAGACGAGGAACACUCCGCUCUGGUACGAAAGACUCUCCCGCCCACCAGAUUACUACUCCAGAGAAGUCUUGGCGCGGAGCAGGAGGCCAGGGGCUUCUUGGUACAGCGAAUGCGAUUUCCCGCUGCGGUCCAGUCGUAGAAGUUCACCUCCCUACGGCAGGUACAACGAGUAUUAGCAGGUUGCUGUUGGUGAAUUUGCUGCUCGCCUGCAGGCUUGUGUUGGCUUUUAUAAUGCGUGUUCGUUCGGAAAUUAAUAAGAGACGGAUUGAUAGAAAGACAGAAAAAUAUAUAUCAACUCUUUUUCUCAACCCUGCCUCCCUUUAUCUCUCUCUCUAUCUCUCUCUCUCUCUCUCUCUCUCUCUCUCUCUCUCUCUCUCUCUCUCUCUCUCUCUCUCUUUUUCUCUCUCUCUCUCUCUCUCUCUCUCUCUCUCUCUCUCUCUCUCUCUCUCUCUCUUACACACACACACACACACACACACAAAAGUCAUGUCAGUCGUUCUCUCCGCUGUCAGUUGUGACAAGAACAAGGGUUAUCAUACUACAGAUAUCAUAAAAUAUGUGUAUAUACACAUAUUUACAUACACACACGCGCGCGCAUAUAUAUAAAUAUAUAUAUAUAUAUAUAUAUAUAUAUAUAUGUAUGUAUAUAUGUACGUAUGUAUAUAUGUAUGUAUGUAUGUAUAUAUAUACAUUUUUUAUUUUAUUUCUCCGUCCCUGUCUGUCAAUUUGUUCAUACCUCUGUCUGGUUGUCUGUUUUCUGGCCUCCUGUCUAACCAAAAGCCAUACAGACGUUCAUGAAAACAGUCACUUCUCUACACUUUUUACAAGUUCACAUCCUUCACACAUCUAAAAGUACACCUAAAUUGUCUUGCCUCCUCUCUAAGAUAUCAUCAGCAUUUCAUGAACCAACUCUUGAGAAAUCUGGUUCCUUUUCUCUGCUCGUAUGCCAUUUUCUGGGAAACAAAAAAAAAAAUGUUGAUUACUUUUGAAAAUGUGAUUAUUACCUUUAUGUGGUUUUCAAAUAAAUCUUCAUGUGAGAAUUUA